AUGGCUAGCGGAAAGACCAUUGAGCUCAAGAACACUGCCCAGUCCGGCGUCAAGAUCCCUCAGAUCGGCUUUGGCACCUGGCUCGCAGAGCCCGGAGAGGUCGAGAAGGCUGUCACCGAGGCCAUCAAGGUUGGAUACACCCAUAUCGAUGCCGCCCUUAUCUACGGCAACCAGAAGGAGGUUGGUGCCGGAAUUAAGAAGUCUGGUGUAUCGCGCGACAAGCUUUUCAUCACCUCCAAGCUUUGGAACAACAGUCACCGACCGGAGCUCGUCGAGGCCGACCUCGACCGCACGCUCAAGGAGCUCGGCACCGACUACUUGGACCUGUACUUGAUCCACUGGCCCGUACCUUUCAAGCCAGGAGACGAGCUCUCGCCUCAGGAGAACGGCAAGGCAGCUAUUGACUGGGAUGCGCCCUCGAUCUCGGAGACAUGGAAGGAGGUCGUGCGCAUCUUCAAGGAGACUAAGAAGGUGCGCGCGGUUGGCGUGUCCAACUUCACGCAGGCGCAGCUCGAGCAGAUCAUCAAGGACUCUGGCGCGACCCCUGCGCUCCUCCAGAUCGAGGUCAACCCCAACAUCAUUCAGGACGACCUGUACAAGUUCGCCAAGGAGAGGGGCAUCACUAUCACCGCUUACUCCCCACUCGGGAACAACGUGACUGGCAAGCUGCGUGCUAUCGACGCCGAUGUGAUCAAGGACAUUGCCAAGCGCCUUAACAAGGACGUUGGUCAGGUGCUCAUUGCAUGGGCGGCCAAGAACGGCUUUGUCGUGAUCCCCAAGUCGGUUACGCCAUCGCGCAUCGCGUCCAACUUUGAGACGUUUGAGCUCGGUGACAAGGAGUUCCAGGAGAUCAACGACUGGGGACACAAGAACCGCGUGCGCUCCAACAUCCCCGCUGAGUACGACACUCCCUGGGAGAUCAAUGUCUUUGACGAGGAGUCUGAGCGGCAGUUCAAGAAGGUGUGGUAG